AUGGCCGAGCUGCAGAGGAUACUACACUGGCCGUGCUGCUUAGUGCAUCUGGUAUUUCUUUUCCUAAUAGCUCUUGCCUUGGACUUCUUUGGUUAUGAUUACUUGAACCCAAAGAGCCAGAACCUUAAAAGCAUGCAAGCUGGGGUAAGCAUGGUUGUUAGAGAAUGUCAUGAUCCAUGAGUCAUAAAAUUACCAAGAGUGGUAUCUCCACAGCCAAAUGUGCUAAGACCCUCUAGGACAGAUGUCCAUGUUUUGACUUCUUGAUUUGCCCCCAUUGUGUGGGAGGGAACUUUCAACAAUGACAUGCUGAAUGAGCAACUCCAACACCAGAAUGCUACCAUUGGGUUAACUGUGUUUGCAAUAAAGAGAGAGAGAGACUAUUUGAAGGUGUUCCUGCAGACUGCAGAGAUACACUUCAUGGUGGGGCACAGGGUGAGCUACUAUGUCUUCACUGGCCAAUCCAACAAUGUUCCUCAAAUCCUGCUCCAAGAAGAAAGGCAGAUGGUCAUCCUCAAAGUCCAGGCUAUCUAUGCCCACUGGCAGGACUUCUUCAUGCACUGCAUGGAAAUGAUCAGUAAUUAUUCUCAGGAGCGCUUCCACAGGGAGGUGAAUUAUCUUGUCUGUGCAGAUAUGGACAUAAAAUUCAGGGACCUUGUGGGUGUGGAGAUCCUCUCCUCCUUGUUUGGCCCUAGCUACUUCCCCAUUCAGAGGCGGUUUUUUGACUAUGAACACAACCCCCAGUCACAAGCCUGUAUUUUAGAGGAUGAAGGGGACUUGUAUUACACAGGGGCCUUGGGGGGCUCUGUGACAGAGGUUUAUAGGCUCACCAAAGCCUGUUACCAGGCCAUAAGGAUGGAUCAAGCCAAUCACAUUGAGGCCAUAAGGCAUGAUGAGAGCCACCUAAACAAGUACCUACUUUACCACAAACCCACCAAAGUCCUCUCCCCAGAGUACAUGUGUGUGAAAGCAGAGGAAAGUGUAUUGUUUCAGAACAAGCCAGUCGCUUUGAGGCUGGUUCACGUGAUCAUAAGUGCCCGAGCACUGGUAACGGUAAGGCAGCGGCAGAAAAUUAGAGAGGAAACAUUCCURUUGCACAAAGGUUCCAGUACCCAUGGAAGUGCUUAUGGACACUACACAAGGACUCCUGAAAAAUGUUAA